AUGAACAUCAAUUAUCUUAUCAUUUUUGUUGUGAUGAUUAUCAACACCCACACAUCCCAAGCGACCUUUGACUUCAGUAAUGUUGAUCUGGUGAACUUUCAAUAUUUUAAAUAUCCGAAAACAUCAACAACAAAUAAGCCGUUCUUCUUAAUAGAGAGAAAUGGAAGAAUUUAUGGGAUUAGAAGGAUUCCAGAUCCACCAAAUAAAAUUCAGAAGACAAUUGAUCAUGCAAAAGCAGUUUUUAGUUAUCUGAAAGGUGUGGCGAUCGGAACAUCAAAAGAGAAAAUAAAAUCGAAACAUGUUUUUGAUCCUGAAUUUGGUGACAAAAAGAGUUUUGCCUUUCAAGCAAAACAUGGAAAAUUUGGAGAAAAACUUGUGGAUUUACUUGGCUCCGGUCCAUCAUACGAAAGACUCGUUCAAAGUGGCGCCAUCGAUCAUUAA